AACUACCGUUUUUACAUUACUGUGACAGUUAGGUUUAUGGUUGGGCUAGGCACGUUAGGUAAGUAGGAGGUAGACGUUAAUCAAAUACAAUUAAUGUGAAAUUCAAUAAGUAAUAUAAAUCAUUCUCGUAAACUUCCGGCAACAAAUCUCUGAUAGCAACAACCCAUACCUUUUUCAACAAGCCAAUGACUUACACAAUAGAAUUCAAAUAUAUUUGACCGUUAUCCAACCGACAAAAAAUCUGUCAUGAAGUAACGUCAGACUGCAGCAAAGCGACAUUUCCAAGAUGCACCGUAGACUUAAAAUUAUCUUAAUACAUGUUGUUGUGGUCGGCUUGAUGUUAAUUAUUUUGGCUGCAAAAAAUUACCCUACCCCUCAUGAAAAAUACAGGAUUUGCGGCGACAGGCCUUUGAGGCCGGUCCGACAUCGAAGUACCCGGAUGGUCGGCGGAGUGAACGUCGGCGUGGAUGUUUGGCCAUGGCAGGUGUCCAUCCUGUACCAGCCCAAUUCAUCUGCCCCGCUUCGUCAGAUUUGUGGUGGAGCUAUUGUUCAUGAAAAAUGGGUUAUGACAGCUGCCGCAUGUGCAUUAGAAGAUAAAGGGAAGCUUUUGGUCCGAGCUGGCAGCAACAGCCUGGAUGUUGAUGAUGUGUCCACACAGAUCUCUGAAGUCUCUAGAAGUGUUGUACAUAAGAAAUUCGGUCCUUACAGCAUGCGCUACAAUAUUGCCCUUUUAGAAAUGAAGACCCCUUUUGUGUUUGACAGUUAUGUCUUACCCAUCUGCGUGCCUAAUGAAAAUAUAGCUCAGUAUAACUUUGAGUCCUGUUACAUCACAGGAUACAACGCUCAACCUGGUGAUGAUGUUGGAAUGCUGCAAGAAGCUAAAGUGUGGUUAAUAACACGGUCACUGUGCAAUAAGCCAUUGUUUUGGAACUAUACUGUGUCACCGGACUUUAUUUGUGCUGGUGAAUUCGAUGGAGGUAUCAAUGGAUGUGAGGUAUGUUUUACCUGUUUGUAGUUCUUUAAUUGUGUGAAAGAGAAGCGUUUAAUUUAAGGAGAAAAAUAGUGUUGUCUAGUACA